GAUUCGAAAGGUUAAGGCACCUGCUUCUAACCAGUAUCUCUCUUUACUUUCAAAUAUGUUCGAUAAAUAAGCCGGACUUUGUUUUCGCUUCACGAAGAACAAUGGCAAGUUGCAGAUCGGUUUUCUUCAUUUUCGUACUUUUUUGCAUAUCAAUUCUCUCCGAGACGAACUCUGACCCCCUCCAAAUCCAUGAAAGGAUUGAAGAAAGAAAACCCAAUUCGAGGGCUGUCGUAAAUUUGAAAGGUGGCCCUGAUUCUGUAAUCUGGGUGGUUCAGCUCUCUGAUCUUCAUUUCAGUGUUUUUCAUCCGGAUAGAGCUCUUGAUUUUAAGAGGCUUGUUGCUCCAGCUCUUGCUAUGAUAAACCCAGCUCUGGUUCUGAUCACUGGUGAUCUAACAGAUGGGAAGAGCAAAGAUUUGUUAAUAAUGAAACAAGAUGAAAAUGAGUGGAUUGAAUAUCAAAAAGUAAUGGAAGAUGUUAUUGGAAGGAGUGGACUUGACAAGAAUAUAUUCUAUGAUCUUAGAGGAAACCAUGAUAAUUUCGGUGUACCGAAGGUCGGUGGUUCAUUUGAUUUCUUUUCUAAGUAUAGCAUCAAUGGAAGAUUAAGAAGAUAUGGAAAUGUGCAUAGUGUGACUAUAAAGAAUGGUCAAUGGAAGCAUCUAUUUGUUGGGUUUGAUAACACAAUGUCCAUUGGUUUAAGGGGCCCAACUAACCUUUUUGGGCAUCCUACUGAUCAACUACUUGCUGAUAUAGAUAUUGAGCUUUCACAAUGGAAUUCUGAAUUAACAAAACAGUUAACAAAGAUAUCCUUUGGGCACUUUCCACUUUCAUUCUCAGCAUCCACAGAUUCCAGCAAGAGUCUGAAAGAUGUUUUUUUCAAGCACUCUCUAUCAGCCUACCUAUGUGGGCAUCUUCAUACAAGGUUUGGUAAGAAUUUGAAGCGGCAUCAUUUGCCAGAUGAUCAUUUCUUAUCAUCAGAGAAGUAUUUCCAGCUAAAUAUCCACCAGACACCUAGAGGAACUAAUGUGAACCAUCUGAAUUGUUCUAUUGGAGCCCCACCAGUGGAAGAAUUCUGGGAGUGGGAGAUGGGUGAUUGGAGAAAGAGUAGGGCCAUGAGAGUGUUGGCCAUUGAUGCAGGUCAUGUUUCAUUUAUCGAUAUUGACUUCAAGUUAGGAGCUAAAAAAACUAUUAUACUGCCCACAUUUCCGCUAGAUUCUCGCUUCAUGCUCACAGCUUCAUAUCAUCAAGAAUAUGGUUGUCACUCUAUGGAUCCCUCAUCUUAUGAAACCAUUAGAGCUCUGGUGUUCUCAGUUCUUCCAAUUGUGUCAGUUGUGGCAAGGAUAUAUGACUCAAAGCCUGGAUAUCUCCAAAUGAUCAUGGAGGCAUCUAUGAGAAAGAAUGAGGAGAACUCCACCAGGGGAGAUCUUUAUAUCAUCCCAUGGAAUUGGAGAGCAUUUGAGGACCUAUCUCCUGAUCGGUUUUGGCUACAAAUAGAAGCAACUGAUGCCACAGGUAGAUCAACUUUAAGUGAGUUAAGACCAUUUUCAGUUAAUGGUCUCAGUGCAAAACUCAAUUGGAAGUGGAAGGAAUUUCUAGUGAUGGGUUGUCAAUGGGCUGCCUUGUAUUACCCAAUUCUCUGGUCUGCCUUCUUAUUUAUUUUCUCCAUGCUACUUAUUCUGACAGUUCUUUUCUUCUGUUCAAAGAAUCAGUACACAAAUAAGAAUUUGAGUCUUAACAAGGGCUUCUUAACUUGUAUGUUAUUGUUUUUAACAGAGUCACAUAAAGUCUUACAGGUAUGUUUUGGCAUGCUAGCUUACUUGUUCUACCUGAUAUUCUUUCCUUGGUGCUUCGGAAAAGUUUUCACUGAAGGUCAGGUUAGAGAAUACAUGACCUACAAGGGUUGGGUGGUGAAUAUCUCUAAUGAGAGUGACAAACGCGUUUAUGUUGGGUAUCCAGAUGUAAUGGUGGUUGUCCUACCCCACCUCGUUUUUGUGGUCUUGCCUGCUAUAUUGGUUAUAGGAGUAUUGGCUGCUGAAAGAGGGGCUUUCAGGGUUCACUAUCUGUUGCUUUCAGGGAAGAAAGAAGAUGACUAUGAUCAGAAGAACAAGAAAUCAUCAAUGUAUGUUCACAAGGAAAAUAAAAGAUUGAAGUUGUUCCUUGGUGGGCGUUGGAUAAGAAAACUUCUCUUGGUGGUGUGCUUGAUUAUUUAUUGGAAACAUUGGAGGCAUUGUGAGGCUUUGAUGAAGGCUUAUGAAAUGAACCCUUUCCUUCAUUUCCCAGUAUAUUGCUUUUCAAUUCCAUUCUUAUUGGGUUAUGCUAUUUACAAGACCAUGGAAAGUUAGAUAUGGUAGCUGAUUUCCUUAUGAGUUUUUCAGGUUCUUUUAUGUGGUAUGUUAACCGGCACAUGCUUGGUCAGAUAGGAUCUGAUGCAGACUACUGUGUUUCAUUCAGCUUACAAGCUGAAUAUUGAGGUCUUCAACUAAGGUCCUAACUGAUAUAGAAGAAUUUUGGUAACUGGUGGAGGAACCUUAUCUUCAAAGAGUUGUCAGUGUAGCAGAAAAGGGAAGCCGGAAUCACAUCUCAUGUGCCACUCAGGCAUGUGACUUUUCUUUCUUGGUAUUGACAUACAAUAACUCUGUUAACAUCCCUUAAAUUCGUUACACUGUUCAUGCUGUAUGCCAAUUUGACUCAGCUUUCAACACAUUUUUAUAUUGAAAUGUUAUUAUUAUGUAUUGCUUCAUCAUUGAAAGAAAAGGAUGUUAUGUAUUU